AUGCACUGUGUCCCUCGGACACAGCGGAUCACCGAUCAUGGAAAGAGCCGAAGAUGUCGGCUCAGUCAUGUAAUCAGCUGUGUCCAAUCACAGCUGAUCACAUGGCACUGAUGAUCGGUGUGCCCUGAUGAUCAGUGUAGCCCCAGCAGUGCCACCUGUCAGUAUCCAUCAGUGCCUUAUGUCAGUGCUCAUCAGUGCCUCAUGCCAGUGCCUAUCAGUGCCACAUAUCAGUGCCCAUCUGAGCUGCCUUUCAGUGCCACCUGUUAGUGCUGCCAGUCAGUGCCACCUAUCAGUGCCGCCUAUCAGUGCCAUGUAUUAGUGCUGCCUUUCAGUGCCCAUCAGUGAUGCCUGUCAAUGCCCAUUAGUGUCACCUACCAGUGCCUCCUCAUCAGUGCCACCUAUCAGUGUCCAUCAGUGCAGCCUCAUUAGCGCACAUCAGUGAAGGAGAAAAAUCACUUAUUUACAAAAUUUUAUAA